AUGAGUGACAACAUCGACCCCCGCGAGAACGAGAAGCGGCUCAUCGCCAUGGCCGACCUCAAUCGUCUUCGACAGGAGGAACUUCCCUUGAGCGCUGAAGAAAAGCGAGGUCCGUCCUUUAACCCCACCCGUCGGAACGGAACCGACCACAUCAACCCUGCCCUGAAGGAGGGACUCUCCAACAAGUGGACCGUCAAGAUCGACGAUGAGGAGUCUCGUCAAACCGAGGGUCUCGAGAUCGAGAACGCACGUCCAUGGGGAAAGGAGAAGGCCCGGGAAUUCCUUGAGACUCGUGGAUACACUGGUGCCCCAUCUGUCACCUUGGCCCAAUGGGGUCCCCAAAACACCACUCCGGCUCCCGAGCAGCCUCUUGUUGCUACUCAGAAGGUUGACACUGUGAGCCCCAAGGUCCAGCAUGAAAGCAACGGAAAUGUCCCCGAAGCCGCCGGCGCCACCCCUGCCUCUACGAACCUCAAGUUCAUUCUCAACACCAUGACCUUGGAUCCCACUCUGGCGGAACACGUCAUCGGCACCGGACAGUGUCAGGUCGUGCCUGGAAAGGACGAGGCACUCUCCUUUGCCGCAGAAUUGGUUAUGAAGUUGCUCAUCAGUGAGAACAGAGCUGUCCUAGAACUCUCGGCUCUGGGAAAGCCGCGCCGAGCCAUAGAUGCUUUAGAACUGGGCAGCCCAGUCAUUGAUGGUCAGUUCUGUGCCUUCGCUCAGCUGUCCAAUGGUGGUUUCUUUUACCUUCGUUUCGCCGACGAGAGCGAAACCAAGAAGUUCAAACGGCACCUUUCCAAGAUGCAGAAGUCGGCCCGGGCCCAUCAACCUCAGGAGAAGACCGGCGAGGUCGGCCAGCAGCAGACUGAUCAGCAGCAGAUUGAUCAGGAGAUUCUCGAGCAGCAGCAGCUUGAGCCGCAGCAGCCUGACCAACAGCAGUCUGAUCAGCAGGCGGGAUCGGUGGUCUCCCUCGCAAACCUCAAUGAUGAUCUCGAGCCACUUAUUUCCAUGAAUGGCUGGACGACUGUCGACAACAAUCAGGCGCUCAACUUGGAGAAUGCGACCAGACACGUCGUUGUCCUGGUCAACCGGAUGCUGGCUAAAAUGACCCCAAAGGAGCGAGAAAUGGCUCUGAAGGAGGAAUUUUUCCAACCAGCUCUUGAGGGCAUUACAGACGGCAUCAUUGAGCACUGGGUCCAGAACGGGUUCUUCCGAGGCUACAACGACAGCCUGAAGAAUAAGUUCUGCGACCUGCUGCAGGGGAUGGUACAAUUCCAGAUCGACUUUCUUCGUCGUCAGAACGAAGGGUUCAAGGAGAAGGACCAGGGCGUUCAGCAAGCAACUCAAGGUGUUCGUGCCCUUUCUCUGCGAGAUGCACCCGCCUCUGUCCCAUCCUAUGCCCCUCAGCAGCGUGCCGUCAGCCAUCAGCAGGGUCAUUCUACGUCUGCUUCUCUGCUUGGCACCCAGCUUGAAGGAUGCAAGGGCCUAAGCGCUUCUCGCUAUGCAAGUGGACGUGUUGAAUUUGCGAACUGCUUCACCGGUACUCGCAUCAAGAAAGAGCAGUAA